AUAGACUGGCAAAGAUCUUUGGAUUAGGGAUGACGAAAGCCAUGUUUGCAUAUAAAAAGCCGCCAAGGCAGAGGAGGAGGAGGCAGGCAGAGCAGUGGCCUUCAUCAUCCUCAGAAACUAGAAGAGCACAAGGGCAUCAUACAUCCCUUUCAUCUUUUCCCGUCCAUCCUUCCUUCCCUUUCUCCCUCCCUCCCUUCCUCAGGCGUGUAACACAAAAGCUUUGCGUUUUUGGUCUUCUUGAUAUUUGAUUUGAUUUGAUCUCUCCACCCUUUUGCACGCUCCUUUGGUCUUGCACAGCUUGAUCCACUUCCUUACCUUCCCUUCCCUUCCUUUCCCUGCUUUUUCUCCAACCUUCCGAACGUCUUCGGCACACUGUGAUAACAGCCCAGAAACAGAGAAACAGAGAGACAGAGAGAGACAGAGACGGAUAUAUUUGCUGGUGGGAAAGUCUUUCCGGGUGUCAAGCUCGCAGCUUUCGUCUCCGGAACUCAACUUAAAAGAGAUAUAGAGAGAGAGAGAGAGAAGGAAGAGAUGAAGUACGUGCUGGUCACUGGAGGAGUGGUGAGCGGCCUCGGAAAAGGCGUGACCGCCAGCAGUAUCGGCGUGCUUCUCAAGGCCUGCGGACUUCGUGUCACUUCCAUUAAGAUUGAUCCAUACCUCAAUACUGAUGCUGGGACUAUGUCCCCUUUCGAGCAUGGAGAAGUUUUUGUCUUGGAUGAUGGUGGUGAGGUGGACCUGGACCUUGGAAAUUAUGAGAGGUUUCUGAAUAUCAAGUUGACCCGCGACAAUAAUAUCACCACCGGGAAAAUUUACCAGAAAGUAAUUGACAGAGAGAGAAGGGGAGAUUAUCUGGGGAAGACUGUUCAGGUCGUGCCUCAUAUUACAGAUGCCAUUCAAGAGUGGAUUGAGAGUGUGGCAGUGAUCCCCGUUGACGGAAAGGACGGUCCAGCUGAUGUAUGUGUCAUUGAAUUGGGUGGAACCAUAGGAGAUAUUGAGUCUAUGCCAUUUAUCGAGGCUCUCGGACAAUUUUCAUAUCGUGUCGGUGCUGGAAACUUUUGCCUGAUUCAUGUCAGUCUUGUGCCAGUUUUAAAUGUUGUUGGUGAACCGAAAACAAAGCCCACCCAGCAUAGUGUGAGAGGACUAAGAGGCCUAGGGUUGACGCCCAACAUCUUAGCUUGUCGCAGUACGAUGGCACUUGAUGAGAAUAUAAAGGCCAAACUCUCACAAUUUUGCCAUGUUCCGGUUGAAAACAUCAUCGAUGUUCAUGACGUAUCAAACAUCUGGCACAUCCCUUUACUUCUAAAAGAUCAGAAGGCUCACGAGGCAAUCUUGAAAGUGCUGAACCUUCCAAGUGGGGCUCAGGAACCUGUUUUAGAAGAGUGGAGUUCUAGAGCUGAACUUUGUGACGAAUUGCGUGAGCCUGUCAGAAUUGCUAUGGUUGGGAAAUACACAGAGCACUCCGAUUCGUAUCUUUCUGUAGUUAAGGCCCUCUUGCAUGCUUCUGUUCGUUGCCGUAAAAAACUUGUUGUGGACUGGGUUCCAGCUUGUGACCUUGAAAAUGUGACAGCUAAAGAGAACCCAGAAGCUUGCAAGGCUGCGUGGAAAAAAUUGAAGGGUGCAAAUGGUGUUCUAGUUCCUGGAGGUUUUGGUGACAGAGGAGUGCAAGGGAAGAUUCUUGCUGCAAAAUAUGCCCGAGAAAAGAGAGUCCCUUACCUUGGGAUUUGUCUGGGAAUGCAGAUUGCUGUUAUUGAGUUCGCACGAUCUGUUCUUGGUUUGCAGGAUGCUAAUAGUACUGAAUUUGAUCCUAAUACCAGGAAUCCCUGCGUGAUAUUCAUGCCUGAGGGCUCUAAAACCCACAUGGGAGGAACCAUGCGUCUUGGAUCUAGGAGGACAUAUUUUCAGUCACUGGAAUCCGUGUCUGCGAAACUAUAUGGGAAUCCAAGAUACAUCGAUGAGAGACAUCGUCAUAGAUAUGAGGUAAAUCCUGAAAUGGUCGCUCAACUUGAGAGUCGUGGCCUUUCUUUCCCUGGCAAGGAUGAAACCGGUCGGCGGAUGGAGAUUGUUGAACUGCCUGGCCAUCCAUAUUUUGUUGGAGUUCAAUUUCAUCCUGAAUUCAAAUCGAGGCCUGGGAAGCCUUCGCCUUUAUUUUUGGGGUUUGUGGCAGCAUCGUGUAGAGAGUUGGAAGUCGUUCCACAACACUGCGGUGGCCAGGAAAAGGUCUCACCUACUUAUCACAUCAACGGUCACUUGCCAAGUAAAGUAUUCCCGAAUGGCAAGGCUAGUAAUGGUGGCUUGUAUGGCGUUUACAAGAUUUGCAAUGGCGUGCACUUGUGAUUUGAGACAUUGGUGUCACCCACGGCAAGAUCUUUCCUUCUGGUGUCACCUACUUAUCACAUCAACGGUCACUUGCCAAGUAAAGUAUUCCCGAAUGGCAAGGCUAGUAAUGGUGGCUUGUAUGGCGUUUACAAGAUUUGCAAUGGCGUGCACUUGUGAUUUGAGACAUUGGUGUCACCCACGGCAAGAUCUUUCCAUCUGGUGUGUUUGGUGAGCUAGAUUGACAAUUUUCGAGUAGAUUGUAGAGGGGUCUGUACAGAGAUUUUGGAUCACGAGCAGGCUUUGAUGGCUUCCCAGAGAGCCCCACUAGAGAACAGAGCCGGGCCCGGUCUUUUUUACGGGGAGAGACUCUUGUUCGUCAUUAUUGUAUGUCUGUAUUGAGGUGGUUUGUCGGGACUAGUCUGAGUAUACCCUCGGCACUCAAACUUGACUAUAUCUAGUUUCUUUCUCAGAGCAAUAUGAUCGUGUCGUGCAUUUGCCAAA